CCCACACGCGGCACUGCUAGUCACUCAUUUACCAGCUCAAAAUAGUUAAGAUAAUUUAAGUGUAUGUUUAUGCAGUAAAUAUUUACUACUACAGACUUUAGAGCUUGUCGUCUCAUGUUACGUCACUGCAUGUUUGUGCGCAGGCGUGAGAGGGCAUAUUUAAAGGGCGCGUUCACGCUGCCAUGACCGACAGUAGGAACGUUCGCUACCUGAAUACGCAAAGAAAAGUCAACCAAACCACAACACGACUACACCUGACAGACCACCAUGGCGACCUCCGUCGAAGUUCAAGACAAACGACGGACUGGGACCAAGCGUUUCAUCAGCGGCGUUAUCGAAGGAUUUUAUGGGCGACCCUGGACUAUGGAGCAAAGAACGGAGCUUUUUAAAAGGGAACAGAAGUGGGGUUUGAACACAUACCUGUAUGCCCCUAAAGACGACUACAAACACCGCAUGUACUGGCGAGACCUGUACUCUCCUGAGGAGGCAGAACAACUCGUUGCGUUAAUAACGGCAGCAAAGCAGCACAACGUUGACUUCAUCUACGCAAUCUCUCCUGGCCUGGACAUUACGUUUUCCAACCGCAAAGAAGUGGCUGCCCUUAAGAGGAAACUGGAUCAGGUCAGAGACUUUGGCUGCAGCUCCUUCUCGUUACUGUUCGACGACAUCGAGACAGAAAUGUGUCCCACUGACGAGCAAGCCUUCAGCUCCUUCGCCCACGCUCAGGUGGCCAUCACCAAUGAAGUGUUCCAGCAUCUGGGAGAACCAGAGACCUUCCUCUUCUGUCCUACAGAUUACUGUGCUGCUUUCUGCACCCCAAAUGUAUCACAGUCUUCUUACUUGCACACUGUGGGAGACAAGCUGCUACCAGGGAUAGAUGUGCUGUGGACUGGUCCAAAGGUGGUAUCCCAUAAAAUCUCAGUCAAGUCCAUAGAAGAGGUGUCUUCCGUCCUCAAGAGGGCGCCAGUCAUCUGGGACAAUAUCCACGCCAAUGACUAUGACCCACAAAGAAUUUUCAUGGGACCUUAUAAGGAUCGACCGACUGAGCUUAUCCCCAAACUGAGAGGCGUGCUCACCAAUCCCAACUGUGAGUUUCAUCCAAACUUUGUGGCCAUCCAUACCUUUGCUACAUGGUGCAAGGCUUGUCCUGACGGAUCAGCGAGGGAUGUGGAAAUGGGUGAUGAAGAGCAGGAUCCUUGCUACAGCCCCCAUAAAGCCCUGAUCUUGGCCCUCACUGACUGGCUACAGGUGUUUCUGAGCACAGACCAGCCUACAGUUUGCUUCAGAAAGGAGCCGUCAGAUGAUGAGCCCAUGCAGACAGACCUUGGAGAAGGCUCUUACGUACCCGGUCCAGGAGAGAACCCUUUAUACACAGCUGAACCCUUGACCCUAGAUGACCUGAAGCUGCUGUCUGACCUCUUCUACCUGCCCUAUGAACACGGGUUCAUAGCCAGGACCAUGCUGCAGGAGCUGGACUGGCUCAAGAGCCACAGUCACGCCGCCGCUGUCAAGACGGACAAGACGCCCGAGUGGUAUUCCAGAGCACAACGGUUUGACGACAUGUGCGAAGCGGUGGCGCAGAUGUUCAACCGGCUGUCCAAUGCUCCCAACCGCAGCAUUCUGUACGACCUCUACAACUACAUCUGUGACAUCAAGAGUGGCGUCACUCUGGCCCAAGUCUACGUGAAAUCUCUGGGAGGGCUGGGCAAACCAUCAGCCCAGCUCAUGGGUGCUGAUCCUGAACCAUGGGGGUUCAGAGGAGGACUGUCUGGGGAGUUUCAGAGAAUGUUGCCGGGACAUGGAAAGAGGGACCUGUUCAAACAUCCGCCCAAGACAGCAGUGUACUGCAUACGGCCGUACUGCCCAGAGGAUCAGAUGGAAGUGCAGAGGAUUUUCAUGGAGAUGCAAAGACAAAGACCAAGCAAAGCCGACGCCAUGAUACAGCCACAGCCACCUCUUAUUAGUGACAUGCUGUCAAGGGGGGACAUCUCCCCAUCUCCUCAGUGUGCUCUCAUCCUAGAGGAUGAAAUGGGGGUGUGUGGUUACAUGCUAGCACUCACGGAUGCCAAAGCGGCUGCAGCUAACAUUCAGAGGGACACGGGUCAUCCUGGAUUAGAGGACUUCCCCUCAUUAGUCACUGGACAAGUGCUGCCAAGGGUCAGCGAUCCCUCGCCGGUAAAGCACAUGAUUGGACAGAUGUUGUCCACCAUUAAAAGCAGUGGUUCCAGGGGAGUUUUCUGUGAGCUGGGGCACUGCGAAAGGAGGAUGCUCGACUUCUACGCUAAACUUGGAUCCUUCAACCCCAUCAAAAUGGCCGGUCUCCCUCACGACGUCAUCGCCCUGGGGUCGAGCCUGUAAACUCACAAGAAAUUACCCCCAUUUUUUGUAAAAAUGAUUGUGUCAUUUUAUAGCAAUGAAACACUUAGACUGGACUCUUUACAGUUUAACAAGUAACACAUUAUUAUAUACUUUGAAUACACAAAUGUACAUUUUCAAAUUCAAUAAAGACCUUGUAAUUAA